AUGGACGCGAAGAAAGAUGAGGGGGAUGGAGGGAAAGCCGAGGGGUCCGCUGGCUCGGCCAGGAAGAGAGGCGGGGGGGCGAAGAAGGCGAUGCAGGCCAACAAGUCUGCGAUGCGAGCCCCCCGAGCGCUCUGCUGCCUCACGCUCAGCAACCCCAUCCGCAUGGCCGCCCUCGCCCUGGUGGAGUGGAAGCCCUUUGAUAUUUUUAUUCUCCUUGCCAUCUUUGCCAACUGUGUGGCCAUGGGAGUGACCAAACCGUACCCCGACGACGACUCCAACGUCACCAACCACCAACUGGAACAAGUAGAGUACGUGUUCCUCGUCAUCUUCACCAUCGAGACCUUCACUAAGAUCCUGGCUUACGGUCUGGUGAUGCACCCGAGCGCCUACAUCCGCAGCGGCUGGAAUUUACUGGAUUUCGUCAUCGUUAUUGUCGGGUUGUUCAGUGUGGCAGCGGAGGGCAUGACGGACCAUAAGCCCGGAGAGGCUCACCACGCGGCGGGGAAGCCUGGAGGUCUGGAUGUGAAAGCUCUGAGAGCCUUCAGGGUGCUGCGACCGCUACGACUGGUGUCCGGGGUGCCAAGUCUACAGAUCGUGUUGAACUCCAUCAUGAAGGCCAUGGUUCCUCUGCUGCACAUCGGCAUGCUGGUGAUGUUCGUCAUCAUCAUCUACGCCAUCAUCGGCCUGGAGCUCUUCAUCGGGCGGAUGCACAAGACCUGCUACUCCUCGGGCUCAGGCCUCGUAGUGGAGGACGAUCCUUCGCCGUGUGCGUUCGCCGGCAGCGGACGCUUCUGUGACGAUAACGGUACGGAGUGCAGAGGGAAGUGGGAGGGGCCUAACGGAGGAAUCACCAACUUCGACAACAUCUUCUUCGCCAUGCUGACGGUGUUCCAGUGCAUCACUAUGGAGGGAUGGACAGACGUUCUCUACUGGAUGAACGAUGCCAUCGGGAUGCAAAUCCCCUGGAUCUACUUUGUCUCUCUGGUCAUCUUCGGAUCUUUCUUCAUCAUCAACCUCGUUUUGGGUGUGUUGAGCGGAGAGUUCUCCAAGGAGAGAGAGAAGGCGGUGGCUCGGGGCGACCUGCAGCAAGCUCAGGAGAGCAAACAGAUGGAGGAGGACAUGAUCGGAUACAUGGACUGGCUGAUCGAGGCCGAGGACGUGGACGAGGAGGGGAACAAACGUGCUGCGAUCGCGAAGAAGAAGAUGAUGAAGAAGUUCGGCUGGUACAAGCACAGUGAGGACGGAGGAGAGUCAGACUCAGACGAUGACAUCGCGUACCUCGACGACGACAACGGCUUCUGUGCGUCUCUCAUGGCGAAGAUGAUGGCCAAUAGCUUCUGUGACCAGUUGUGCCAGCUGAACCACACGAUGAGGAAGAACUGCCGAGUCGCGGUGAAGACGAGCAACUUCUACUGGCUGGUGCUGCUGCUCGUCUUCCUCAACACGGUGGCCAGCGCCUCUGAGCACUACGGGCAGCCCAAGUGGCUCACAGAGAUGCAGGAGCGGGCGAACAAGGUCCUGCUGCUCCUCUUCACUCUGGAGAUGCUGUUGAAGAUGUACGCCUUCGGCCUGCAGAUCUACUUCAUCGCGCUCUUCAACCGCUUCGACUGCAUCGUGGUGUUUGGGGGGAUCCUGGAGACGCUGCUGGUGGAGAUGGAGUUCAUCCCCCCCAUCGGCAUCUCCGUGCUGCGCUGCAUCCGCCUGCUGCGCGUCUUCAAGAUGACCCGGCACUGGGCUGCUCUGUCCGACCUGGUGAACUCUCUGCUGAACUCCAUGAAAGCCAUCUUGUCUCUGCUGCUGCUGCUCUUCCUCUUCCUCAUCAUCUUCGCUCUGCUCGGCAUGCAGCUGUUCGGAGGAAAGUUCAACUUCGACGAGACGCAGAUGAAGAGGAGCACCUUCGACUCGUUCCCUCAGGCUCUGCUCACCUGCUUCCAGAUCCUGACCGGAGAGGACUGGAACGCUGUGAUGUACGACGGCAUCAUGGCGUACGGAGGACCCAUCUUCCCCAACAUGGUGGUCUGCAUUUACUUCGUCAUCCUCUUCGUCUGCGGUAACUACAUCCUGCUGAACGUCUUCUUGGCUAUCGCUGUGGACAACUUGGCAACAGGAGGCGGCGGGAAAGCAGUAGUGGAGGAGAAAAAGGACGACGAGGAAGAUUGGGAUGAUGAUGAAGAGAAAGAGGAAGAAGACACAGGGGCUGAAGAGGACGACUGGCAGGAGAACGAGGAGCUGAGGGCGAUCGAGGGUCUGGAGGGUGAGUUUGCUCCGAUAAAGCCUGAGUUCUCGGGGCCAAAAGAGAAGAUCGUCCCGAUCCCGGACGGAAGCUCCUUCUUCAUUAUGGGAAAGAAAAACUGUUUACGUGUCGCCUGCCACAACCUCAUCCAUCAUCCGUACUUCACCAACUUAAUCCUCGUCUUCAUCAUCCUCAGCAGCAUCUCUCUGGCUGCUGAGGAUCCCAUCAAGUCUCACUCAUUCAGGAACAUCGUGCUCGGCUACGCUGAUUAUGUUUUCACUUCAGUCUUCACCGUGGAGAUCCUCCUCAAGAUGAUGGUGUACGGCAUGCUCCUGCACACCGGAGCUUUCUGCAGGAACGCCUUCAACCUCCUGGACCUGGUGGUGGUCGGAGUGUCGCUCGCCUCCUUCUUCCUACAUUCGAGUGCGAUCUCUGUGGUAAAGAUCCUCCGAGUUCUCCGAGUGCUCCGACCUCUCCGAGCCAUCAACAGAGCCAAAGGACUGAAGAACGUGGUGCAGUGUGUGUUCGUGGCGAUCAAAACCAUCGGAAACAUUUUAGUCGUCACGACGCUGCUGCAGUUCAUGUUCGCGUGUAUCGGAGUCCAGCUCUUCAAGGGCAGAUUCUACAGCUGCACAGAUGAAGCCAAACACACUCCUGUUGAGUGCAGAGGGACGUUCGUGGUGUAUAAAGACGGAGACAUGAACCACCCGAUGGUGAAGGAGAGGGUUUGGGAGAACAGUGACUUUAACUUUGACAACGUGCUGAUGGGGAUGCUGGCUCUGUUCACCGUGUCCACGUUUGAAGGCUGGCCACAGCUCCUUUACCGAGCGGUGGAUGCCAACGCCAUCAACCGAGGUCCGAUCUACAACUACCGCGUGGAGAUCUCCGUCUUCUUCAUCAUCUACAUCAUCAUCAUCGCUUUCUUCAUGAUGAACAUCUUCGUGGGUUUCGUCAUCAUCACCUUCAGAGAGCAAGGAGAGGUCGAGUUCAAGAACUGUGAACUCAACAAAAACCAGCGUCAGUGUGUGUACUACGCUCUGAAGGCUCAACCCAUAAAGAUUUAUAUUCCUAAAAAUCCGUCGCAGCUCAAAUUCUGGAAGAUUGUCAACUCCAGCCAGUUUGAGUACAUCAUGUUUGCUCUGAUUCUGGGGAACACACUCACUCUGGCCGUGCAGCACUACGAGCAGUCGAAGCUCUUCACCUCCAUCAUGGACAUCCUGAACAUGAUCUUCACCGUCAUCUUCACCUUCGAGAUGAUCAUCAAGCUGCUGGCUCUGCGUGUUCAUCAUUACUUCAUCGACCCCUGGAACUCAUUCGAUGCUCUGAUUGUCGUCGGCAGCGUGUUGGAUAUCGCCGUCUCCGAGCUCAGCGGAGGAGGAGGCCACGGGGAGGGGAAAGGAGAAAGUGGGAAAGUGUCCAUCACGUUCUUCCGGUUGUUCCGAGUGUUGAGGUUGGUGAAACUGCUGAGUAAAGGAGAGGGAAUCCGGACGCUCCUCUGGACUUUCGUCAAGUCGCUGCAGGCUUUGCCGUACGUCGGUCUGCUCAUCGCCAUGAUCUUUUUCAUCUACGCUGUCAUCGGCAUGCAGUCAUUUGGGAAAGUGGCCAUCGAUGAGGAAACACACAUCAACAGAAACUGUAACUUCCAGACGUUCUUCAUGGCUGUUCUGGUGCUCUUCAGGUGUGCCACAGGUGAGCAGUGGCAGGAGAUCAUGCUGGCGGCGUUGCCCGGGCGACGCUGCGACCCCGACUCGGACACGGAGCCGGGGGAGGAGUUCAGCUGCGGCAGCAACCUGUCCUACAUCUACUUCAUCAGCUUCUUCAUGCUCUGCGCAUACCUGAUCAUCAACUUGUUCAUCGCCGUCAUCAUGGAUAACUUUGAGUAUCUGACCAGGGAUUGGACGGUGCUCGGCACUCACCACCUGGACGAGUUCAAGAGGGUCUGGUCCGACUACGACCCCGAGGCCACCGGUCGUAUAAAGCACAACGAUGUCGUCACAAUGCUGCGAAGGAUUCAGCCUCCUCUUGGUUUUGGAAAACUGUGUCCUCAUCGUGUGUGUUGCAGAAGACUGGUGGCCAUGAACGUCCCGCUGCACUCUGACGGGACGGUCACCUUCAGCGCCACGCUGUUCGCUCUCGUCAGAACUUCACUGAAGAUCAAGACUGAAGGCCCCAUCGACCAGCAGAACGAGGAGCUGAAGCUGAUCAUUAAAAAGCUGUGGAAACGCACCAAACCAAAGCUCAUCGAUGAAGUUAUUCCCCCACCUAGAGGUGACGAGGUGACAUGUGGGAAGUUUUACGCCAGCUUCCUGAUUCAGGACUAUUUCAAAAAGUUCCGUAAGAGAAAGGAGAGGGAGAGGAAAACCAAGAGGAAGGACAGGGCGGCUUCUCUGCAGAUGGGGCUGCGCACGCUGCAGGAUUUGGCUCCAGAGAUUCGCCUGGCGAUGUCGUGCGACCUGGAGGAGGAGGAGGGCGAGAUGGGGCACGACGAGAUCUUCCACAGCGAGCACGGGGACUCGGGGGCCUCCACGCCCCGCGACACGCCGCUGCCGCCCAUCCACAUGCUGGUGGAGCAGGUGACGGUGCUCAUGGAGAGCGAGCCCAGGGAGGCGGUGGUGACGGAGCAGGUGACGGGGCUGCUGGAGCACCACAAGCCGGGGUCCGAGCUGGCAGGACUGGAGGUGGUGACGGAGCAGCCGCCCAGGUCCGAGCCCCUCUCCGUCAGGGUGGACAUCAUCACUGAGUAUCCUCCUCCUGCUCUUCUUGGCUCUCCUCCUCCUCCUCCUCCUCCUCCUCUGGAUUGUCCUCCUCCUGCAGAGAUGCCUCCUGCAGAGAUGCCUCCUGCAGAGAUUCCUCCUGCAGAGAUUCCUCCUGCAGAGAUUCCUCCUGCAGAGAUGCCUCCUGCAGAGAUUCCUCCUCCAGAGAUUCCUCCUGCAGAGAUUCCUCCUGCAGAGAUUCCUCCUGCAGAGAUUCCUCCGGUGGCUGUAGUUGAGGAGCCGGUGGUGGUGGAAGCUCCGGCUGAAGUACCUGAGCAGGUUCCCGUCAGUGAAGGAGAGCCAGCAGCUCCAGCACCAGUAGAAGGUUACGUGUAUCCAGAACCGGUCCCUCCAGCAGAACCUGAGCCCGUCUACAAUGAUCCGAGCCUGCAGAGAGUCGACAGCGUCGGGGAGACACCGUACAGCGUUCCUGAUGCUAACGGCUACGCUAACACUGACCCUAACAACUAUGCUAAUACUGACCCUAACAACUACGCUAAUACUGACCCUAACAACUACGCUAACACUGACCCUAACAACUACGCUAACACUGACCCUAACAACUACGCUAAUACUGACCCUAACAACUACGCUAGCACUGAUCCUAACAACUACGUUAGCACUGAUCCUAACAACUACGUUAGCACUGAUCCUAACAACUACGUUAGCACUGAUCCUAACAACUACGUUAGCACUGACACUAACAACUACGCUAAUACUGCUGCUAACGGUUACACUAACCCUGCUGCUAAUGGUUACGCUAACCCUGCUGCUAGUGGUUACGCUAACCCUGCUGCUAGUGGUUACGCUAACCCUGCUGCUAGUGGUUACGCAAACCCUGCUGCUAAUGGUUACGCUAACCCUGCUGCUAAUGGUUACACUAACCCUGCUGCUAGUGGUUACGCUAACCCUGCUGCUAACGGUUACGCAAACCCUGCUGGUAAUGGUUACGCUAACGGCUAUGCUAACGGUGGUAACGGUUAUAUUGGCGCCAAUAUGAACAGAGAGGCUGUCACAGUGAGCCCCGCUUCCUACUCUUCUAACGGGUACAACGGGAACGGAUACAUCAGUGAUAGCGUUAGCAUUGUUAGCGCUAACGGUUCAGGAAGCACGAUGAACGGCGCUGGAAACGGCAGCAUGAUCAGCGGGUUCACCGGAAACGGAUUCCACGGAAAGGAGAACGCAUCCUCGUUUAUCAGGAGGCGCAUUCUGCCUGCUCUACCAAAAGGCCGUAAACCUUCCUUUAACGUGCAGUGUCUGCAGCCGCAGAGCAGCAUGGACGACGUCCCCAUCCCGGGGUACCAUGGCAACAUAGGCCCCCCCAGAGCCCAUAUACAGAGCGUUCACAGUUUGGAGCGGACCGGCGCCAUGUCCUCAGCCUCCUGGGUGAACACGGCGACGGCGGGGCCCCCUCCCCACCCGGGGAUGAUCGCCCCUUCUGGACGCCGAGGGAAGCUCAUCUACACCCCGAUGCUCCGGAUGGACCAGGCCUCCGGACGCAGCCAGCCGAUGUGGAGCGACGGCAGCGCCAGCCUCCCCGCCGCCUCCCGGGCCGCCGCGGGCUGGUACCCCGGUCAGACCCGGACCCUCGGCAGCGUCAGGAUGCCCCCCGUCAGCCAGAGCUACCUGGAGAAAGGGAGCGCAGACAGCCUGGUGGAGUCGAUCCUGAUCUCCGAGGGUCUCGGCGUCUACGCCCGGGACCCGAAGUUCGUGAACUUUGCGAAGCGUGAGAUCGCGGAGGCGUGUCACCUGAGUCUGGACGACAUGGAGAGCGCGGCGUCCGACCUCAUCGCCCGCGGAGCCAGCCAGUCCAUCUCUCGCUUCGAGGACGAGCUGGCCGACGAGAUGAACUGCGUGAUCUCUUACUGAGGUCCGGGAAAAAAAUGCAUUAACAGUGAGAGGAAGUAAGGAGAGAGGAUUGUGAGGAAAGGAAGUGUUAUUUAAAGAGAGGGAGAAACGUGUGCAAGACUGAUGUGAUUUUCUUUUUGUCUGAAGUUCAAAUGUUGUGUUUUUUUUGUAAAUGCCAAAACACACACUAACACACACCCUGAUUUUAAGAGCAGUAUGUGGCAGGACUGCGUUGUUUUGCCGCAGAAAACUGGACUUUUCUUUUUGCAUUGUGUUCUCAUUUUAUACUGUACAUGAACUGUUGUCCCUUUAUACUCCUGUACAAACUGUAAAAAUAGAAAAUAUGACAACAAAAUGUUUAUAAUUUAUUAAACGAAUAACGAUACGCGAGUGCCCAACAGCAUUCGCUAUUUUAGAGAAGUAUUUAAAUAUAUAAAACAUAUUGAAUAUCCUCUUUUAAGAAACAUGAAA